AGCUGAUCAAAACACGGAAGUGGAGGAGCAGUGAGUGGAGUGAGAGGAGCAGCAGGAGCAGCGGGAGCUUCUUCUGUGGGUUUCUGAAGCUUUGAAGCUUUUUUCUCUCGAUUCCACGAGACGACCUGGUUUCUGGUUUCCUUGUAUGUGACGAUAAUGACGGUGAAGGUGUUUCGCAGUCCGGCCCGUCACGGCUAUGCAGUGGAAGUGUCUCCGUAUAUCCCCAGCAGAGUGGCCUGUGCUGCUUCACAGUACUACGGGAUAGCAGGCUGCGGCACACUGCUGGUCCUGGAUCAAACCGAGACUGGGCUCACCUUAGUGAGAAGCUGGGAGUGGGGUGACGGCCUGUUCGACGUGGCAUGGAGUGAAGGUAACGAGCACGUAUUGGUGGCAGGCGGCGGAGAUGGCAGCCUCCAGCUGUGGGAUACAGCCAAUCACAGCGCUCCACUGAGGGUGGCUAAAGAACACACACAGGAGGUGUACGCUGUGGACUGGAGUCAGACUCGAGGAGAAAGCCUGAUAGUUUCUGGAUCCUGGGAUCAAACGGUGAAAGUGUGGGACCCUGCUCUCAGUCCAUCGCUGACCACCCUCAGAGGUCAUGAAGGGGUCAUCUACAGCACCAUUUGGUCACCUCACAUCCCAGGAUGCUUUGCGUCUGCCUCAGGUGAUGGGACGCUCAGAAUUUGGGAUGUGAAGGGUGCGGUGUGCAGAUUGGCCAUCCCAGCGCACAAGGCAGAGAUCCUCAGCUGUGAUUGGUGCAAAUAUGACCAGAAUGUUGUGGCCACAGGUUCAGUGGACUGUACUGUGUGUGUGUGGGACCUGAGGAACAUCCGGCAGCCUGUCAAUCAACUGCUGGGACACACCUACGCCAUCCGCAGACUCAAGUUUUCUCCCUUUGAUAAGACGGUGCUGGCGUCCUGCUCGUACGACUUCACUGUCAGUUACCACCAAAGUGAAUGGAUGGUGUCAUCCUGGCAGAAGCAACGAGUCAGGACACUGAGGGAUAAUUUGCGGUAAAGUUAACCAGUGUGUGAGAUCGAGGGACCGACACAGAGGAAGGAUGAACUGCUCCUUUAUUGAGCCGCAGAGGAUGAGUUAAUAAAAUGUGUAAUUUCAAGGGAGACUGCCUCUGUGUUUCUCAUGAGAAUAUAUCUGAUCUGUCCGCUUUGGAGUCCUCUCUGUCCGCUCGGCUCUUUAAAACCACAGAGGAAUCGAUGUUGUUCUGCGCGUCUGUCAGGCUGUGCGGGCAGAUGAUGGAUAAACAGAUACAGUUAGAUGGAUGAAGGGUGAGGUUGUCCUGUUGUCCAGCCUGGAGCAAGACAUUGUUGUUUAACAGUGAUUAAUCAGUGAAAGGGAAACGAAUGAGGAAGCAGUCUGGCAGUUGAUGAGUCUUUUAAGUCACUCAGUAGUUAAACAUUUGAUCUUUUUGGGCUUUUUUCUUCUCUAAUGUGAGGAAUGUGUUUGUUUUGGGGACUGUUGCUCUGACAAAAUAACUCAUUUGAAGAUGUUGCUUCAACCUCUGAGAAAUUCACCAAGUGGUUCCCAGAGCUGGCCCCAGAUGCAAUCUCUUUCGAAUCAGGCGCAUCACUCUGCCCCGAGAUGACCACUUUAGGGUUACGCCCUCUCUGUGACAUCAUACAGUGCACCGGGUCAGAUACAACUGGUUGACUUGAGUGUUUGGAGCAACCGGAAAGCUGAGGGAGUGUUUAGUUUGUAGGGAUGAUGUUUUAAGAAGAUCCAACGUUGUAACAGUGGAUGUAAGAUGGAAAAUGAGUGACAGCGGGUCUCUGCUAAUGUUCAGAAAGUGCUUGGCUCGAUGCAUCUCUGUGCUGCACACGCUUAAGAAACUAACAAAAAGCAUUCAAACUCUAAGUUUAUCUUUAGUAAAGAGAUGACGUGAGGCUUACAUGUUAAUUAUGCAGAGCUGCCAGAUGGAAGAUGAUCUAAAAUAACUGAUUUUUUAAGAGACCCAGGCUUCUUUCAGAUGCUUUGCUAACAGUGUUAGCAUUACAUUAUGACAGCCAGUGGAGAAGGUGCUGACGUGAGAUCCGGUAUCUCCAUCCGACCAGCCGUCCCUGCAGAAGCGAUGCUGCUGUGUGGCCUCCACUUAUUUUCUCUUCCCUCUGUAGUUUGUGGACAACCUCAGAUAUGAUUAUAAUAAAUACAAUGAGGAUGUUGAGAGGUACAGAUGCUCUUUUUGGGCCAGAACGUUGUUCUCGAGAAUUUUUUUACGUCUCUGUCUGAUUUUGAGUCGGAGUUUCUGCCUAAUAGAUAAAAUCUGAAAGUAUUUAAAGUGCUUGUACUGCAUGGUAUAAUUUCACACAUUGUGUUGAAGUGCUGCUGCCUGUUUGUUUUCAGAAAACCUUUCUUCCGUAUACAAAGUGUUUUUCAGAAUUUAUUGUCCUGAAUUAUUUGUAUUCGUCACUUUUAUGCCAGAAAUCUUUCUGUGCAGCCUCGGGGCUUCAUUGUAAAGGACGCCAACAAUAAAAACGUUUGUUUGGUGGUUUCUUAGUGUUUCUGUGGAUUAUUACUGCAGAUGCUGACGAGCUCACAGCCGCAAGCAAAAAUCUGCUGGAAUCUGGCAGGUGGUAAAAUCUGUGUGCGUGUGUCAGGGCAGCCCAGCACUCUAAAUAGAGUAUCUGAGCCAAUUAAAGCUCGGAUCAAUAAAACAAUAAAACACGGGGUCUGACACAGAGCCAGCUAUUGGCACAUCCUCCUUUGAGCCGUCCGUCUUCCCUUUGGCGUUUUAGCUUUUUUCCCUCAGUUUGUUUGGCAUCUUAAAUGUCUGCUGUUUAUUUCAGCGGGCUCCCUCUUUCAGCUCGCCACCAAUCUUUCCUUUCAUCCUUUGUUUGGUGUCUUGUCAGCUGCAGGAGGAAUUGAGUCAUGCAGAGAAACGUAAUUCACCAAAUCGCGCAGAGCUUAAGAUGAAAACACGGCGAAACCAGCAGAACGGGUCAGCUCUGAAACUGACUUAAUACCUGCAUGUAAUAGGAAAGCAGCUGUUUGUAAUCAUAAACCCACAAAGAGUGAUGAACGGCUCAGCAGCACAGAGCUUUUAAGCCUGUUUUAGUUUGUAGUUUUGGUAUCAGGUCCUUUUUGCAACAGCAGCAGGAAGCAACUGAUUGAUAUCACCCUAGAGCCGAUUGAUUGACCAAACAGGUGUGUGUGUGUGUGUCUGUGUAUGUGUGUGAACGUGCA